AUGGCUUCCACAUCCGCACGCCUCUUUGUCUGCCAAAAGUGCAAUCAGCAGCUUGGGAUCGACGAGUCCUUGCAGGACAUUCAUUCAACAGCCUUCGACCUCCUCUUGGGGCCACUUUCUGAUCACUCUGGAAACAAUUCUGGAGCAUCCUCAGACAAAAAGACGGCCACUUCACAAGGCACCUCAGUACCAAGGAGCCAAGGCGGAUCUUCGGGAGACCCUUCCCGCACGGAAGCAGUUUAUACUCGUUCAAUUCCUCCCUCCAAUGUCCAGCCCGGAUCUCGACUCGGUAUCCACGAUUAUUCAGCCUCUCCUUCUCACCACAUGCACCCCCCCAUGGAUACAGCAGAGUCGUUUGUCAUGCUCUCCAAAGGCAACACUCUCGAUUCAACCCAUUUGCCACACCUCACCAACAACCAACCUUACUAUGCCAGAGGGACCCUUUCCUCAGGGAGCACAAAAUCAUCUGGUGGAAACAUCAUCAAUAUCAACAACAGUAACGCUGCAGGAACACUAAACGGCGGUCCUUCAAAUGGAGGCUCUAGUGCCGCCAGUCGCCUCAAAUCUCUUUCUGGAGGACAAGGAAUGGAUGGCAUGGAGAGUUUGCACACCGAGAGGACUGUCAAGGCAAAUCGACUGCGGACAACGGGAAAGCUAUUUGACCUCAUGUCGUCCAAAUCCGACAUCGACCAUCCGCUCUGUCAUGAGUGUGCCGAAAUGCUGUCCGACUCCUUGGCGAGACAGCUGAGAGACGUAUCCAUGGAGCGGGAUUGCUACAUCAACUUUUUGCGGAUAGUUCAUUCGAAUGUGGCGAGCGAUGACGAGAUGGAGGCACUGGAGACAGAGAUCAAGCAGAUUCAAUUGGACGAAAGCGCAUCUAUCAAGGCACUCCGGGACAUCGAGGAGCAACAGCGAGCGGUCAAGGAAGAGAUAGCGCUUUUGGAGCAGCAGUCUUUGGAGCUGGACAAAGAAGAAGAACAGUAUUGGCAGGAAUGCAACGAGUUCCAGCAGACUCUUCAGACAUUUCACAACGAACGGGAUAGCGUCAACCUCAAAUACGACUACGACUCCCGACAACUGGAAAAGCUCCACAAGACAAACGUGUACAACGACACGUUUUGCAUCUCUCACGACGGGAACUUUGCUACGAUCAAUGGGUUCAGACUGGGAAGACUUCCUACGCAACCCGUGGACUGGGCCGAAAUCAAUGCCGCUUGGGGUCAGACGCUGCUGCUGCUUCAUACGAUUGCCAACAAGCUGAAUUUUGAGUUCAAGACAUAUCGUCUGGUACCCCUGGGAUCAUUUUCAAGGAUUGACAGGAUUGAAGGCGACCGAGCGAGUUACGAGCUGUAUGGUUCGGGCGAGUACGCGAUCGGCCGCGUGUUCUUGAACCGACGGUUUGAUAAUGCCAUGGUGGCGUUUUUGAAUUGUCUACAGCAGCUCGGGGAUUACGCUGAGCAGCAGGGUGGCCAAGGGCCAAGGCUGGAACUCCCUUACAAAAUCGUCAAGGACAAGAUUGGCGAUGCGUCAAUCAAGCUCCACUUCAGUCAGGGCGAGACGUGGACCCGUGCCCUGAAGUAUAUGCUGACCAACACGAAGUGGAUACUUGCGUAUGCCUCGAGUGCGGCGGCAUCGAACAUGACAUCGUACACGCCCUCUGUGCCGUCGCUGCCCAUCUCGCGGAGAUCUUCGCCUGCGGUCAAGAGCCAGCAGUCGAGGGACUUUGAGCAGGAGCGAGAGCGAGAUCGAUAG